GCGAAGGCGCUCGCGCUCGAGAGCCGCGCGCUGCGCGAGCAGGCGGCGCUGCAGGCGGACGAGGCGCCCGCGCCUGCGCCGGCGGUGCCGUCCGACCUGCCGGAGGUCGUCGCGCUCGCGACCGCGCGCUCGUACGACUUGGAUGCACUCCUGCGCAGCGGGCGCCUGCCGCCCGACUGGCGGUGGCUCGAGGACCGCGAGGUGAUCUACCUGCCGGCGCGGCCCGCGAGCAGCGACGCGCUGGGUAUGGGCAGCGCGUUCAUCUUCCGGUCGGGGUGCUUCGUGACGUGGGGCAUGACGCCCGAGCAGAAGGCCGCGCUGCACCGCGACGUGAUCGCGGGCGGCGCCGAGGAGCUGCGCUACGACGUCGCGGGCGACGAGGCGAUGGAGUUUGUGCACCUGCCGACCGAGCCGACGCGCGUCGUCGGCGACCUGAUCGUCGUCGGGCAGCCGAGCCGCGAGUGGUCGAACCGCGCGCGCGCGGACGCCGCGACGCUCCUCCUGCAGGCGCGCCUCGCGAUCUCGCAGGGCCUCGCGGCGUCCGCGCGCCUGUCCGUGCAGGAGGCCGUGCUCGCGGCGUACCUGCGCAGCGUGUCGCUCAUGCCCGAGCAGCUCGAGCAGAACGGCAAGGUCCCGCUGCCCCGCCGCGCGCUCAUCCGCAAGAUGGGCACGCUGCUGCGCCUGCGGCAGCACCUCAACCUCGACCGCGACAACUUCCUCGACGACCCCGAGCUGUACUGGGACAACAGCCACAUGGAGGCGCUGUACCGCCACACGUGCGAGGCGCUCGACAUCAAGCCGCGCAUCGAGUCGCUGAACGCGAAGCUGAACCACUGCGAGCACCUGCUCGAAGUCCUCCGCGCGCUCCUCACCGAAGAGUCGAGCCACCGCAUGGAGCUCAUCAUUAUCUACCUGAUCGCCUUCGAGGUCGCCAUGGCGCUCGUCAGCCACGAGUACGUCCCGACGCCCCUCGCCCUCUGGCACUGGCUCUGUGCGCCGUAG